AUUUGGGGCUGCUGUGCCACCUGGGCCGGGACGGAGCAGCCAGGAUGGGCAGGGUGACGGCUGGGAGGAGAUCCUUGGGUGGCUGAGUCAGGAGCCGAAUGAAAUCAUCCUGUCUCUCCUGUGACUAUGGAGCUUAUACAAAGGAGGUCCCCUUGCUUCAGAGCUGAAUUCUGUCCUGAGGGACCAGUUUUGGGGCUCAGAUCAAAGGAUACUAGUUGGCUUUUAAAGUAAGACAGAUAAGUAAAUGCUAUUGUUAGAAAUAAACAGAUAAGCUUUAAGGGAAAAAGCUCCAAUAUAUCACCUCUCACUGGCAUGACUCCCCUACAAAAAGAAACAGGACAGUGUCAUUUCCACAUCCCUUGUAUCUCUCAUUUGCCUAUUCCUGUCUUCCAAAAUCAAAGACAAAGGUGCCUGCAGCUCCAGUCAUCCCCGUCCAGGUCCCCUGAGAUGGCUGCGCUCAUCAGCGGCUGUGGCUGCGGGCCAGACCCCACAGCUCAGAUGGAACUGAAAAGGUCUGUGGGAACCGUUCACCUGGCUCCCCUCUCCGCCAGCAUGCACUUCGCCUGGGGCCGCCCUCGUCCUCUGGGUUGCUUCCUACAGCCCACCUGGAGAAGCCAAGGGUCACGGAGGUCUCGGGGUUGGGGAGCCACGAUGAAGCAAUGACUCCUCAGCGGGGGGCCAUGAUGAACGACUGUCCUGGGGAGGGCAUGGUUACACUGCUCUGCCUUUUAAGGAGCUGAACAGAGCCGCCUGUUCCCGGGGUCAGGCCUCUGUUGAAAGCCACGGCUUGGAAAGGACUUGGGAGGGAAGGUGGUGAGAAUAAGGCUCUUGGCUAAGCCCACCUGUGGUGCCGCAGCUUCCCUUCUGGGUGAACUACAACCAGCCAGAGCCCAAGAGGGGCUUCAGAUGGCAGCUGGGAAUUUGAACAAUUAAAAUGAUUAGCUUGCAGUAUUACCAGUAGCUGGUUACCCUUUCUUUGAAAAAUUCUUCCUUUUAGUUUCUUGUUUUUUUUUUGUAAAAAGGCUGCCGCUUCUGUCACACUGGUGGAGAGGGCUUCCUAGGGGCACAGGUGCGUCAGUGAGACCGGCUUCUCAGGAGGGAGCUCUGAGUAGGGCCCUCUCCUUAGCUGCAUGGCACCUUUAAAGGCAGAGCUGCCCAGGCCUGGUCACGCAGGUGGUGUUCUGGAAGAGGGUGCAGUGUAGCCACUUCACGUGCACUCUCCCACACGACGGGAAACGCCAUUACUGCUCCUUUCGGUUCCAAUCAAGCGGGAGAACACACAGGUGCCCGCUGAGGUGGUGUCGGCAGGGCUGGCAGAGGAGAUGCCGUCCUCAUCUCAUGAUUGCGCUGGGGGUGCAGCCUUUGCUGUCAGAGACUCCCCACAACACCCCCUCCCCAGACCAACAAUAAACAACGCUAGGAGUUCACAGUAUUUAAGGGCAGAGGCAUAGGAUCGGGGGUGAUGCAGUAUUAGAAACUGGACCCACCAUCUUGUGAGACCUCUGACACUUCAGAAAGGGAAAACCUGACGGGCCGCAUCUCCAGGCAACUUGCCUGGAGGUAAGUCUGGGAGGGGGCACAGAGACCCACCAGUUUCUCUAAAAGGAACUGAAGGCAAUCACAAAGAAAAUAAAAAAACCAGACCCACUGCCUACGAGUCGAUUUCAACUCAUGGUGACCAUGUGUGUGCAGAGUGCUCCAUACAGCAUUUGUGGCUGUGACCUUUCGGAAGCAGAUUGCCAGGCCUUUCUUCCAACGUGCCUCCAGGUAAGUCAACCACCAACCUUUCCGUUAGCAGCCAAGCACUUAACCGUGAGUGCCACCCAAAGUCACAAAGAAGGAAUGCUAAAGUGGCUGCUGCAAAGGGCAAGGAUAGGUUAAAAUAAUUUCCAAGCAAUUUGUAUUAAGAAAAAGCUACCUCAUCCAUUCCUGUCAUUUUGGGAAAUACAGGCUGGAGACAGCAGAACAACGUAACUGGGAACAUGUAAAGCCAAGUAAGCAAGUUUAAAAUACACACAUGCAUGUACACACAUGCACAGGACCUUAAAGAUAAGCUACUUAAGCCAAAUCUUUUAUGAAACAAGAUAACAACAGCAGGUUAGGAGGUCAAGGAAACCCCUUUGUCAAGUGCAGGGCGACAGGACUGGAAGGUGCUCGGCUCGCCUGGAAAUCAUCACUGGACUGAGCAAAGGUGUCACGAGAAAAGAGGUAUUGCCCGUGGCUUCAACUGACAGCUCUGAUGGCGGAACUGUCACUCUUGGCCCUUUGCAGACAACAGGCCUUUUCCUAGGAAGGGUGGAGUGAUGUCCUAGGAAAUGAAAACAGCUCGUGUUUACCAUGAGAGGCCCUCCCAGUGAGCAGACUGCAAGCCUAGACAGAGUAGGUCUGGCCAGCCACCUUGAAUGAAAAUGCCCCAGGAAAAGCCAAGAGUUCUCUGCUAAACUCCAUUGCCACUGUCAGUUAAAAGGGAAAGAAAUCCCUUUUAAGGACAUUCUGUAACUUCAAUAGGCUGCUUGUCUGCCAGGAUUUCAAUCCCUCUGAACAUAAGCUGAACCACAGACGGCUGCACGUCUGUCUGCAGGCUGGCUUGCUGUCUUCCCGCUCCUCAGAGCUUCAGCACCAGUUGUUAGCCAAAAAUAAACACCAUUCCUCAACCAUAUAUGUCCACCAGCCCCGAGCUGGGAGGAGGAGCGCAAGGAGGCCAGGUCCCACGGGCCCAGCCCAGCACUUGUGGGCCGCCCCGCACGGCUCACCAUGCACAUAACCCAGCUCAACCACGAGUGCCUGCUGCACCUCUUCUCCUUCCUGGACAAGGACAGCAGGAAGAGCCUCGCCAGGACCUGCUCGCAGCUCCAAGAGGUGUUUGAGGACCCAGCGCUCUGGCCCCUGCUGCACUUCCGCUCCCUCACAGAACUCCAGAAGGACAACUUCCUGCUGGGCCCAGCACUCAGGAGCCUCUCCAUCUGCUGGCACUCCAGCCGGGUGCAGGUGUGCAGCAUCGAGGACUGGCUCAAGAGCGCCUUCCAAAGGAGCAUCUGCAGCCGCCACGAGAGCCUGGUGAAUGACUUCCUCCUCCAGGUGUGCGACAGGUGCCCCAACCUGGCGUCCGUCACGCUGUCGGGCUGCGGCCACGUCACCGACGACUGCCUGGCGCGCCUGCUGUGCUGCUGCCCGCGCCUGCGCGCGCUGCGCCUGGAGAACUGCGCGCGCGUCACCAACCGCACGCUGGCGGCCGUGGCGGCGCACGGGCGCGCGCUGCAGACUCUGCACGUGGACUUCUGCCGCAACGUGAGCGCGGCCGGCCUGCGCCGUCUCCGCGCCGCGUGCCCGCGCCUGGUGCUGCGCGCCGAGCACAGCGCCGCCAUGAUCCCGGACCAGCCCCCGCGCGGCGCGCUCGCGCCGGGCACGGCCUUCCGCAAGCUGCUGCCGCGCUAGGUCGCGGGGAGCACGGCCGCCGAGGCGCGGGCGGAGGGAGCCGUCAGGUCGUCCCGGCUUCGAGCCUCAGCCCCUCCACUUCACAGAGGAGUCGCUGCAUCUUCGCAGCCUCAGUUUCCCCGGCUGCAAAAUGGGGAAAAUAAUGUCUACCUCACAUUAGGGUUUUAUACAUGGGAUGUGUAUGGGAGAUUAAAUGAACGGAUGCACGGGAA